GGCACUUUAAAGUGUUAUGCGUGGUUUCGCGUUUGGGCUGACGAAAAGGCAAAUAGCAAUUGGAACACAAUAAAUCCCAGGAGAGCUGGAGCGUUAAAUAUGGGUGGAAAAAAUCAGUACGAAGGUAAAGAGAACAAUCACAAUAAAACAUCUGAACAUAUGACAUCAAAUAAAAAAUUCAUAUUGAAAAAUUCGCAUUCGACUACUCUCAACAGAAAAAGUGAACCUACACCGCAGACGAAUGAACAUAAUAUCGACUUUAGUAACAACAAAGGAAAUAUACAACAUAAAAUAGCAAAUUCAUCACAACAAGUAAACAAACACAAAAACAGUCAUACAGCCAGGACUGAAAAGUAUACAUCGUCGAAUUCGGACUCUGAUUCUAGUGAUGACGAGCAGCCGGCGAGUAAGAAGCCUGCGUCGUCGAGUUCCGACUCGGAUUCGAGUGAUGAGGGUAAUGCUGGAUCAGCGAAGAAGCCUGUUGGUGUAGUUGUUAGUGGUGUUAAGACAGGGAUGGGAGUUGUCCCACAAGGUGCUGCUGCUCAGUCUGUGCAGAAGAAGAAAGUUGCGGCCGCUCCGUCGAGCUCGGACUCUGAUUCUAGUGAUGACGAGCAGCCGGCGAGUAAGAGGCCUGCGUUGGUGAAGGCGUCUCCAUCUGUGGGCAAGGCUGUUAGUGGUGUAGUUGCUGGUGGUAAGAAGGUGGUCGGGAAGCCUGCGUCGUCGAGUUCCGACUCGGAUUCGAGUGAUGAGGGUAAUGCUGGAUCAGCGAAGAAGCCUGUUGGUGUAGUUGUUAGUGGUGUUAAGACAGGGAUGGGAGUUGUCCCACAAGGUGCUGCUGCUCAGUCUGUGCAGAAGAAGAAAGUUGCGGCCGCUCCGUCGAGCUCGGACUCUGAUUCUAGUGAUGACGAGCAGCCGGCGAGUAAGAAGCCUGCGUUGGUGAAGGCGUCUCCAUCUGUGGGCAAGGCUGUUAGUGGUGUAGUUGCUGGUGGUAAGAAGGUGGUCGGGAAGCCUGCGUCGUCGAGUUCCGACUCGGAUUCGAGUGAUGAGGGUAAUGCUGGAUCAGCGAAGAAGCCUGUUGGUGUAGUUGUUAGUGGUGUUAAGACAGGGAUGGGAGUUGUCCCACAAGGUGCUGCUGCUCAGUCUGUGCAGAAGAAGAAAGUUGCGGCCGCUCCGUCGAGCUCGGACUCUGAUUCUAGUGAUGACGAGCAGCCGGCGAGUAAGAAGCCUGCGUUGGUGAAGGCGUCUCCAUCUGUGGGCAAGGCUGUUAGUGGUGUAGUUGCUGGUGGUAAGAAGGUGGUCGGGAAGCCUGCGUCGUCGAGUUCCGACUCGGAUUCGAGUGAUGAGGGUAAUGCUGGAUCAGCGAAGAAGCCUGUUGGUGUAGUUGUUAGUGGUGUUAAGACAGGGAUGGGAGUUGUCCCACAAGGUGCUGCUGCUCAGUCUGUGCAGAAGAAGAAAGUUGCGGCCGCUCCGUCGAGCUCGGACUCUGAUUCUAGUGAUGACGAGCAGCCGGCGAGUAAGAAGCCUGCGUUGGUGAAGGCGUCUCCAUCUGUGGGCAAGGCUGUUAGUGGUGUAGUUGCUGGUGGUAAGAAGGUGGUCGGGAAGCCUGCGUCGUCGAGUUCCGACUCGGAUUCGAGUGAUGAGGGUAAUGCUGGAUCAGCGAAGAAGCCUGUUGGUGUAGUUGUUAGUGGUGUUAAGACAGGGAUGGGAGUUGUCCCACAAGGUGCUGCUGCUCAGUCUGUGCAGAAGAAGAAAGUUGCGGCCGCUCCGUCGAGCUCGGACUCUGAUUCUAGUGAUGACGAGCAGCCGGCGAGUAAGAAGCCUGCGUUGGUGAAGGCGUCUCCAUCUGUGGGCAAGGCUGUUAGUGGUGUAGUUGCUGGUGGUAAGAAGGUGGUCGGGAAGCCUGCGUCGUCGAGUUCCGACUCGGAUUCGAGUGAUGAGGGUAAUGCUGGAUCAGCGAAGAAGCCUGUUGGUGUAGUUGUUAGUGGUGUUAAGACAGGGAUGGGAGUUGUCCCACAAGGUGCUGCUGCUCAGUCUGUGCAGAAGAAGAAAGUUGCGGCCGCUCCGUCGAGCUCGGACUCUGAUUCUAGUGAUGACGAGCAGCCGGCGAGUAAGAAGCCUGCGUUGGUGAAGGCGUCUCCAUCUGUGGGCAAGGCUGUUAGUGGUGUAGUUGCUGGUGGUAAGAAGGUGGUCGGGAAGCCUGCGUCGUCGAGUUCCGACUCGGAUUCGAGUGAUGAGGGUAAUGCUGGAUCAGCGAAGAAGCCUGUUGGUGUAGUUGUUAGUGGUGUUAAGACAGGGAUGGGAGUUGUCCCACAAGGUGCUGCUGCUCAGUCUGUGCAGAAGAAGAAAGUUGCGGCCGCUCCGUCGAGCUCGGACUCUGAUUCUAGUGAUGACGAGCAGCCGGCGAGUAAGAAGCCUGCGUUGGUGAAGGCGUCUCCAUCUGUGGGCAAGGCUGUUAGUGGUGUAGUUGCUGGUGGUAAGAAGGUGGUCGGGAAGCCUGCGUCGUCGAGUUCCGACUCGGAUUCGAGUGAUGAGGGUAAUGCUGGAUCAGCGAAGAAGCCUGUUGGUGUAGUUGUUAGUGGUGUUAAGACAGGGAUGGGAGUUGUCCCACAAGGUGCUGCUGCUCAGUCUGUGCAGAAGAAGAAAGUUGCGGCCGCUCCGUCGAGCUCGGACUCUGAUUCUAGUGAUGACGAGCAGCCGGCGAGUAAGAAGCCUGCGUUGGUGAAGGCGUCUCCAUCUGUGGGCAAGGCUGUUAGUGGUGUAGUUGCUGGUGGUAAGAAGGUGGUCGGGAAGCCUGCGUCGUCGAGUUCCGACUCGGAUUCGAGUGAUGAGGGUAAUGCUGGAUCAGCGAAGAAGCCUGUUGGUGUAGUUGUUAGUGGUGUUAAGACAGGGAUGGGAGUUGUCCCACAAGGUGCUGCUGCUCAGUCUGUGCAGAAGAAGAAAGUUGCGGCCGCUCCGUCGAGCUCGGACUCUGAUUCUAGUGAUGACGAGCAGCCGGCGAGUAAGAAGCCUGCGUUGGUGAAGGCGUCUCCAUCUGUGGGCAAGGCUGUUAGUGGUGUAGUUGCUGGUGGUAAGAAGGUGGUCGGGAAGCCUGCGUCGUCGAGUUCCGACUCGGAUUCGAGUGAUGAGGGUAAUGCUGGAUCAGCGAAGAAGCCUGUUGGUGUAGUUGUUAGUGGUGUUAAGACAGGGAUGGGAGUUGUCCCACAAGGUGCUGCUGCUCAGUCUGUGCAGAAGAAGAAAGUUGCGGCCGCUCCGUCGAGCUCGGACUCUGAUUCUAGUGAUGACGAGCAGCCGGCGAGUAAGAAGCCUGCGUUGGUGAAGGCGUCUCCAUCUGUGGGCAAGGCUGUUAGUGGUGUAGUUGCUGGUGGUAAGAAGGUGGUCGGGAAGCCUGCGUCGUCGAGUUCCGACUCGGAUUCGAGUGAUGAGGGUAAUGCUGGAUCAGCGAAGAAGCCUGUUGGUGUAGUUGUUAGUGGUGUUAAGACAGGGAUGGGAGUUGUCCCACAAGGUGCUGCUGCUCAGUCUGUGCAGAAGAAGAAAGUUGCGGCCGCUCCGUCGAGCUCGGACUCUGAUUCUAGUGAUGACGAGCAGCCGGCGAGUAAGAAGCCUGCGUUGGUGAAGGCGUCUCCAUCUGUGGGCAAGGCUGUUAGUGGUGUAGUUGCUGGUGGUAAGAAGGUGGUCGGGAAGCCUGCGUCGUCGAGUUCCGACUCGGAUUCGAGUGAUGAGGGUAAUGCUGGAUCAGCGAAGAAGCCUGUUGGUGUAGUUGUUAGUGGUGUUAAGACAGGGAUGGGAGUUGUCCCACAAGGUGCUGCUGCUCAGUCUGUGCAGAAGAAGAAAGUUGCGGCCGCUCCGUCGAGCUCGGACUCUGAUUCUAGUGAUGACGAGCAGCCGGCGAGUAAGAAGCCUGCGUUGGUGAAGGCGUCUCCAUCUGCGGGCAAGGCUGUUAGUGGUGUAGUUGCUGGUGGUAAGAAGGUGGUCGGGAAGCCUGCGUCGUCGAGUUCCGACUCGGAUUCGAGUGAUGAGGGUAAUGCUGGAUCAGCGAAGAAGCCUGUUGGUGUAGUUGUUAGUGGUGUUAAGACAGGGAUGGGAGUUGUCCCACAAGGUGCUGCUGCUCAGUCUGUGCAGAAGAAGAAAGUUGCGGCCGCUCCGUCGAGCUCGGACUCUGAUUCUAGUGAUGACGAGCAGCCGGCGAGUAAGAAGCCUGCGUUGGUGAAGGCGUCUCCAUCUGUGGGCAAGGCUGUUAGUGGUGUAGUUGCUGGUGGUAAGAAGGUGGUCGGGAAGCCUGCGUCGUCGAGUUCCGACUCGGAUUCGAGUGAUGAGGGUAAUGCUGGAUCAGCGAAGAAGCCUGUUGGUGUAGUUGUUAGUGGUGUUAAGACAGGGAUGGGAGUUGUCCCACAAGGUGCUGCUGCUCAGUCUGUGCAGAAGAAGAAAGUUGCGGCCGCUCCGUCGAGCUCGGACUCUGAUUCUAGUGAUGACGAGCAGCCGGCGAGUAAGAAGCCUGCGUUGGUGAAGGCGUCUCCAUCUGUGGGCAAGGCUGUUAGUGGUGUAGUUGCUGGUGGUAAGAAGGUGGUCGGGAAGCCUGCGUCGUCGAGUUCCGACUCGGAUUCGAGUGAUGAGGGUAAUGCUGGAUCAGCGAAGAAGCCUGUUGGUGUAGUUGUUAGUGGUGUUAAGACAGGGAUGGGAGUUGUCCCACAAGGUGCUGCUGCUCAGUCUGUGCAGAAGAAGAAAGUUGCGGCCGCUCCGUCGAGCUCGGACUCUGAUUCUAGUGAUGACGAGCAGCCGGCGAGUAAGAAGCCUGCGUUGGUGAAGGCGUCUCCAUCUGUGGGCAAGGCUGUUAGUGGUGUAGUUGCUGGUGGUAAGAAGGUGGUCGGGAAGCCUGCGUCGUCGAGUUCCGACUCGGAUUCGAGUGAUGAGGGUAAUGCUGGAUCAGCGAAGAAGCCUGUUGGUGUAGUUGUUAGUGGUGUUAAGACAGGGAUGGGAGUUGUCCCACAAGGUGCUGCUGCUCAGUCUGUGCAGAAGAAGAAAGUUGCGGCCGCUCCGUCGAGCUCGGACUCUGAUUCUAGUGAUGACGAGCAGCCGGCGAGUAAGAAGCCUGCGUUGGUGAAGGCGUCUCCAUCUGUGGGCAAGGCUGUUAGUGGUGUAGUUGCUGGUGGUAAGAAGGUGGUCGGGAAGCCUGCGUCGUCGAGUUCCGACUCGGAUUCGAGUGAUGAGGGUAAUGCUGGAUCAGCGAAGAAGCCUGUUGGUGUAGUUGUUAGUGGUGUUAAGACAGGGAUGGGAGUUGUCCCACAAGGUGCUGCUGCUCAGUCUGUGCAGAAGAAGAAAGUUGCGGCCGCUCCGUCGAGCUCGGACUCUGAUUCUAGUGAUGACGAGCAGCCGGCGAGUAAGAAGCCUGCGUUGGUGAAGGCGUCUCCAUCUGUGGGCAAGGCUGUUAGUGGUGUAGUUGCUGGUGGUAAGAAGGUGGUCGGGAAGCCUGCGUCGUCGAGUUCCGACUCGGAUUCGAGUGAUGAGGGUAAUGCUGGAUCAGCGAAGAAGCCUGUUGGUGUAGUUGUUAGUGGUGUUAAGACAGGGAUGGGAGUUGUCCCACAAGGUGCUGCUGCUCAGUCUGUGCAGAAGAAGAAAGUUGCGGCCGCUCCGUCGAGCUCGGACUCUGAUUCUAGUGAUGACGAGCAGCCGGCGAGUAAGAAGCCUGCGUUGGUGAAGGCGUCUCCAUCUGUGGGCAAGGCUGUUAGUGGUGUAGUUGCUGGUGGUAAGAAGGUGGUCGGGAAGCCUGCGUCGUCGAGUUCCGACUCGGAUUCGAGUGAUGAGGGUAAUGCUGGAUCAGCGAAGAAGCCUGUUGGUGUAGUUGUUAGUGGUGUUAAGACAGGGAUGGGAGUUGUCCCACAAGGUGCUGCUGCUCAGUCUGUGCAGAAGAAGAAAGUUGCGGCCGCUCCGUCGAGCUCGGACUCUGAUUCUAGUGAUGACGAGCAGCCGGCGAGUAAGAAGCCUGCGUUGGUGAAGGCGUCUCCAUCUGUGGGCAAGGCUGUUAGUGGUGUAGUUGCUGGUGGUAAGAAGGUGGUCGGGAAGCCUGCGUCGUCGAGUUCCGACUCGGAUUCGAGUGAUGAGGGUAAUGCUGGAUCAGCGAAGAAGCCUGUUGGUGUAGUUGUUAGUGGUGUUAAGACAGGGAUGGGAGUUGUCCCACAAGGUGCUGCUGCUCAGUCUGUGCAGAAGAAGAAAGUUGCGGCCGCUCCGUCGAGCUCGGACUCUGAUUCUAGUGAUGACGAGCAGCCGGCGAGUAAGAAGCCUGCGUUGGUGAAGGCGUCUCCAUCUGUGGGCAAGGCUGUUAGUGGUGUAGUUGCUGGUGGUAAGAAGGUGGUCGGGAAGCCUGCGUCGUCGAGUUCCGACUCGGAUUCGAGUGAUGAGGGUAAUGCUGGAUCAGCGAAGAAGCCUGUUGGUGUAGUUGUUAGUGGUGUUAAGACAGGGAUGGGAGUUGUCCCACAAGGUGCUGCUGCUCAGUCUGUGCAGAAGAAGAAAGUUGCGGCCGCUCCGUCGAGCUCGGACUCUGAUUCUAGUGAUGACGAGCAGCCGGCGAGUAAGAAGCCUGCGUUGGUGAAGGCGUCUCCAUCUGUGGGCAAGGCUGUUAGUGGUGUAGUUGCUGGUGGUAAGAAGGUGGUCGGGAAGCCUGCGUCGUCGAGUUCCGACUCGGAUUCGAGUGAUGAGGGUAAUGCUGGAUCAGCGAAGAAGCCUGUUGGUGUAGUUGUUAGUGGUGUUAAGACAGGGAUGGGAGUUGUCCCACAAGGUGCUGCUGCUCAGUCUGUGCAGAAGAAGAAAGUUGCGGCCGCUCCGUCGAGCUCGGACUCUGAUUCUAGUGAUGACGAGCAGCCGGCGAGUAAGAAGCCUGCGUUGGUGAAGGCGUCUCCAUCUGUGGGCAAGGCUGUUAGUGGUGUAGUUGCUGGUGGUAAGAAGGUGGUCGGGAAGCCUGCGUCGUCGAGUUCCGACUCGGAUUCGAGUGAUGAGGGUAAUGCUGGAUCAGCGAAGAAGCCUGUUGGUGUAGUUGUUAGUGGUGUUAAGACAGGGAUGGGAGUUGUCCCACAAGGUGCUGCUGCUCAGUCUGUGCAGAAGAAGAAAGUUGCGGCCGCUCCGUCGAGCUCGGACUCUGAUUCUAGUGAUGACGAGCAGCCGGCGAGUAAGAAGCCUGCGUUGGUGAAGGCGUCUCCAUCUGUGGGCAAGGCUGUUAGUGGUGUAGUUGCUGGUGGUAAGAAGGUGGUCGGGAAGCCUGCGUCGUCGAGUUCCGACUCGGAUUCGAGUGAUGAGGGUAAUGCUGGAUCAGCGAAGAAGCCUGUUGGUGUAGUUGUUAGUGGUGUUAAGACAGGGAUGGGAGUUGUCCCACAAGGUGCUGCUGCUCAGUCUGUGCAGAAGAAGAAAGUUGCGGCCGCUCCGUCGAGCUCGGACUCUGAUUCUAGUGAUGACGAGCAGCCGGCGAGUAAGAAGCCUGCGUUGGUGAAGGCGUCUCCAUCUGUGGGCAAGGCUGUUAGUGGUGUAGUUGCUGGUGGUAAGAAGGUGGUCGGGAAGCCUGCGUCGUCGAGUUCCGACUCGGAUUCGAGUGAUGAGGGUAAUGCUGGAUCAGCGAAGAAGCCUGUUGGUGUAGUUGUUAGUGGUGUUAAGACAGGGAUGGGAGUUGUCCCACAAGGUGCUGCUGCUCAGUCUGUGCAGAAGAAGAAAGUUGCGGCCGCUCCGUCGAGCUCGGACUCUGAUUCUAGUGAUGACGAGCAGCCGGCGAGUAAGAAGCCUGCGUUGGUGAAGGCGUCUCCAUCUGUGGGCAAGGCUGUUAGUGGUGUAGUUGCUGGUGGUAAGAAGGUGGUCGGGAAGCCUGCGUCGUCGAGUUCCGACUCGGAUUCGAGUGAUGAGGGUAAUGCUGGAUCAGCGAAGAAGCCUGUUGGUGUAGUUGUUAGUGGUGUUAAGACAGGGAUGGGAGUUGUCCCACAAGGUGCUGCUGCUCAGUCUGUGCAGAAGAAGAAAGUUGCGGCCGCUCCGUCGAGCUCGGACUCUGAUUCUAGUGAUGACGAGCAGCCGGCGAGUAAGAAGCCUGCGUUGGUGAAGGCGUCUCCAUCUGUGGGCAAGGCUGUUAGUGGUGUAGUUGCUGGUGGUAAGAAGGUGGUCGGGAAGCCUGCGUCGUCGAGUUCCGACUCGGAUUCGAGUGAUGAGGGUAAUGCUGGAUCAGCGAAGAAGCCUGUUGGUGUAGUUGUUAGUGGUGUUAAGACAGGGAUGGGAGUUGUCCCACAAGGUGCUGCUGCUCAGUCUGUGCAGAAGAAGAAAGUUGCGGCCGCUCCGUCGAGCUCGGACUCUGAUUCUAGUGAUGACGAGCAGCCGGCGAGUAAGAAGCCUGCGUUGGUGAAGGCGUCUCCAUCUGUGGGCAAGGCUGUUAGUGGUGUAGUUGCUGGUGGUAAGAAGGUGGUCGGGAAGCCUGCGUCGUCGAGUUCCGACUCGGAUUCGAGUGAUGAGGGUAAUGCUGGAUCAGCGAAGAAGCCUGUUGGUGUAGUUGUUAGUGGUGUUAAGACAGGGAUGGGAGUUGUCCCACAAGGUGCUGCUGCUCAGUCUGUGCAGAAGAAGAAAGUUGCGGCCGCUCCGUCGAGCUCGGACUCUGAUUCUAGUGAUGACGAGCAGCCGGCGAGUAAGAAGCCUGCGUUGGUGAAGGCGUCUCCAUCUGCGGGCAAGGCUGUUAGUGGUGUAGUUGCUGGUGGUAAGAAGGUGGUCGGGAAGCCUGCGUCGUCGAGUUCCGACUCGGAUUCGAGUGAUGAGGGUAAUGCUGGAUCAGCGAAGAAGCCUGUUGGUGUAGUUGUUAGUGGUGUUAAGACAGGGAUGGGAGUUGUCCCACAAGGUGCUGCUGCUCAGUCUGUGCAGAAGAAGAAAGUUGCGGCCGCUCCGUCGAGCUCGGACUCUGAUUCUAGUGAUGACGAGCAGCCGGCGAGUAAGAAGCCUGCGUUGGUGAAGGCGUCUCCAUCUGCGUGUAAAGAUGUUGGUUGUGUGGUUAGUGGUCUUGAAAACGUUGUGUUUAAUUCAACUUUCGCUGAUGGUGAUGGUCAUGUGCGUGGUGAUUUGUUGGGUCAUUCGUUUAAUCGUAAACGCCGUUUCUCGUUUGUUUGUUCCGGUGAUUUUAAGAAUAGGAGUUCGGUUGUUUCUUCUACUGAUAAUCUUCGAUCUGUAACUAAAACGUCUUUCACUGAUUCUAACGGUCCUUUUCGUCGAGUCGAUGAAAAGGAUGUAUUUGUCCAUCCCAAUCUCCGGGACAAUUCGUUUGAGGCGAAGCGGAAUGCACGUGGAUCGUGGGGUGAAAAAGCGAAUCGCGAUUUCAAGUUUACCAGUGGAAAAGCGUUCAAACAAGAGAAAACUAAAAAGAAGAGAGGUUCUUAUAGCGGAGGUUCACUUUCCUUAGAUUCUUGUUCCUUUAAGUUUAAUGAAUAAACAGGUUUUUACUCCUGAUUUUCUGUAAAUAUUUUUCCACUUACAUGCAUUUUGUAAAUAAGAAGAUAGUUAAAAUAUUUUCUAAUGCUUUGCGAUAACUUUGACGUACUGUUUGUUUAAAAAAAGAUUUUGUUGCAAUUUUUUUGAAAUAUCGUCAUUUCAAAUGUUAUCGUUCAGUAAAUCGUGGCUAUUACAAAAUGCAUUGUCUUGUAGUAGUG